AUGCUGGAUCUCCUCUCGCCAGUGAACAGCGCGGCGGAAGGCAGACCACUCCUCUUCCGCACCACAAGCUUUGGCGACCUCUCGGGCAACACGACGGGCUCGGCGAGCACGCCGUCCGUGGACGCGCCGUUUAGCAGCUCGCGGGGCCUGCGCGAGCACCUGCGCCGCCACUCGGAGAGCAGCUUGAGCUACGGUGAGUCGCCGCGCGACCUCUUCACGGAGCCAGGUCGCGUCCACCAGCUCCGCAAGGCGCGGUGCGCGCUCGUCUUUGCGCUCUCGCUCUCGGCACUGGGCAUCGUGUGGAUGCUCACGAUGCUCUUUGUACUCACGGACUUGAACACGGACGAGUACAUCUUCUCGGGCGCGGUUGUCUCGUUCCUAUUUUGCUCGGCGAUCCUAUGGAGCUACUCGGGCUGCCACCGACUGCAGAAGUACCCGAACCAGCUCAUUGUCCAUAAAUCGGCUCUCGACUGGCUCCUCGCGCUGGCCUACAUGCUGCAGUACCUUCUGACGUUGCCGAUGCUGCCACGCACCGUUCAUUUGCCGGCCGCGACGCCCGCACUGACCCAAGCUUUGUUGCUCGCGGCGGAAUUCUGGUCGUGCGCCAUGAGUUUGGACUUGUACCAGUCGAUCUCGAACCCAUUUACCUCGUUUUCGUACAACUUGAACGUGUACCGGGUCACGUCGCUUGGGCUCGGCGCUAUCUCGGGGCUUGUCUUUUACCAACUGGAAGUUGUACCGGGGCACUGCGCGCUCGACCGGGGCACACGCUACUACUGGUACCACCACGGCGACCCGUCGCUUCCGCUGCGGGACUUUGUCCUCAAGGAGUGGACAUAUUACUAUCUCUGGGUCGUUUUGUUCAUGCUCAUCUCGCUCGGAACGCUGCUCUACGUGAACCGGCGGCUUCGGCGCGGCUUGGAAGAAACCUUCGAGACGCGCAAGAAGGUGCUCGUGCAUGGCCUUAUCGCCAGCGGCACGUACGUCUCGUGGUCGACCUGGGUCAUCCUCCUCUUCUCAGUCGGCUCGCUCGUGCUCCCGCUGCACUCGCUUCUCGCGGCCAAGCACCUCGCCGGCAUUCUAAACCUCAGCGCGUUCACGCACGGCGCCCGCGGCUGCGUCAACUUGCUUGUCUGGGCGUGCACGAAUGCGUCCGAUGUCUGGAACGUGCUCUUCUUCGCGCGUCGGGAGCGGUCGCUCUCGGACGACUGGCUGCUGGAGAACCCGGACGAGAGCCUCAAGCCGCAGCUGAAUUUGGCUCUGCGCAAGCAAGUGAUUCAGAUGGCGACGCGCGGUAUCGUCGAUGCGAUCGAGCACUACCAGCUGCUGCACCAGAGCAUUCGCACGACGCAGUCGUUCCACCUCGACUGGGACCUCCGGCAGCGCGCCAAGUCGUCCAUGUCGGCGUCGCUCUCGUCGGCGCGACGGAUCGGCAUGGAGGAAAUGCAGUUUUACGACUUUCAGCCGCGAUUGUUUGCGACCAUUCGGGCGCUCAUGGGGCUCAACGAGGACGAGUACCUCCGGAGCUUCCGGCACACGGCCAACGAGCGGCUCUCGGAAGGCCGGAGCGGUGCGUUCGUCUUCAACACGAUCAACCGCAAGUACCUCGUCAAGUCCAUGACCGAGGACGAGCGCGACUUCCUCAUCUCGAUCUUACCCGCGUAUUUGCAGUACCUCAAGUGGAACCCGUCGACGCUCCUCCCUCGGUUUUAUGGCCUCCAUGCGAUGAAGAUGUACGGCAAGACGUUCUUCUUUGUGGUCAUGGCCAACAUCUUCCCGACGCGCGAAGUCAUCCACCGACGCUACGACGUGAAAGGCAGCUGGAUUGACCGCAACGCGCCGGUCUGUGUCCUCGGCGACAAGUAUCAAUGCGCCAACUGCAACCGGUACUUCGUGUUUGGCGAUUUGGAAGAGUGCCCGAGCGUCGUCGGCGAGCACUACCCGGACAUCACCUUGCGCGACAACGACCUCAAGAAGCGCAUCAAGCUGCCACGAGAGACUUCGCAUGCGCUGCUCAAGCAGAUCGCCCGGGACAGCGACUUUCUCUGCGGCAUGGGCAUCAUGGACUACUCGCUCCUCAUCGGCAUGCACUACAGCCAAUUCCGCAUCUCGCGCGCGGAGAAGAAGACGUCGACGUCUCUGCGCAAGGACGUGCUGCAAAGAGACUUGGGCGAUCGCGUCGACGCGAUGAGUCCGAGCAUGACCAACCCCGUGCUGCGUGUGAGCCACAACGCGUCGCCGAAGCUGUCGUGGCGAACGCGGCACGACUCGGCGUCGUCGUCGUCGUACUCCAAGACCCACGGCGACUCGAUUGCUUUGGAUGACGACGACGACGGCAACAGCGCCGGGCGCAUCCAUGCGCACUGCGUCUCCGGCCCAAGUGCGUACUACGUUGGCAUCAUUGACGUGCUGCAGACGUGGACGUUCGAGAAGCAGAUGGAGCGCCUCUACAAAGUUCAUGUCCUCCGGAAAGACCCGCGGGGCAUCUCGGCCGUGCACCCAAGCAGUACGCCAAGCGCUUCCAGAUGAAAAUGUGCCAGCUACUGUACCAACCCGGCGACGACGACAACCCGGCGUCGUAGUCCUUAUUAACCUAAACUAGUACC